AUGAGGAGGGCGAUACCCAGGGCCGAGACCGCCCACCUACGAGAGGGGUGCGCGCCAGCCAGUCCCGCGCACCAGCCUUCGGCCCCUGGCCGGGAACGUGCCCUCGGGCAGGUACCAGGUGCUCACCACGCGCCUCUCCGGUCUCUCCCUGCUCUCCGCCGUCCUCCGCGCGCUCGGGUCGGGGGCCCGCACCGCUCGCCCCCGCAGGGCUGCCUGAUCAGGGUCGGCGCCGGCUCCGCGCCCGCGCCCGCGCCCGCGCCCCGCGCCAGCCACACGCGAACUUUCCGGCGGCGGUGGCGGCGACGCUGGGCGGCGGCGGAGGGGGAGGGAGGGGGCGGGGGCAGGAGCGGCUCGCAGGUGGAGCGGCGGCCGAGGGUCCCCGCCUGCCGCUCCGGGCCCCUGCCCGCGCCUCCGCCCUCCCGCAGCGGCCGCGGGGAGCGACUCGGCCGCCCCGGAGCUCCUGCCCGACAGACCCCUCCCUGCGCGCCGGUGCCGGCACCUGCCUCGCGGACUCCUGUCCUGCAGAACUCUCCCCGAGGACGCCGCCCCGCAGACCUUCUCACUCAGAGCUCACUGGGCAGACCCCCGCCCGGGGAACCCCGGCCGGCCGAUUGCAGCUCCCAGCCGGGAAAGGAGCGGUGGACGGACAGUUUUAUGUCUAGGUAUUCCAGCACAGUUGGUAACACAAGCAUUUCCCCAUCUUCAUAAGAAGUCCUCUCAACACCAUGGUACAUGGGCACUUAGUAUUCCAUUGUGUCGGUCUGUCAGACUUUACUCAACCAUUCACAGGAUAUAGGAAUCAAAAAAGGGAACAGUCCAAAGCUGUUUCAGGUAUGCCCCAUCCCACCCCAGGGAAUGAGCCCCAAACUGCAUCCUCAGAUGUGCUUGAGAGACCGAGAACCAACAGAAGAGAGGACACUGGAGGAAACAAGAGCUAAUGCAGGGACCAGAAGAAAACUUCAGACGAUCUUCCUCAGAUAGGGAAAGACAAAGCACCCAUGCGACUAGGAGAGGGCACUUCAGAAAACAGGAGGAAAACAAAAAAGAGUCCUUGUAAGGUACAAAAUAAUAUCUGAAAACUUAAAAAUUUGGUAGAAGGAUUGAAAGAAGGAGUUGAAAUCUCACAGAAGAAAGAACAAAAAUCAGAGAGACAGAAACUAAGGGAUGGUGGAGGAUCCAUAUGGGAGGUCAGAGGGACAGAGUUUCCAAAGACCAGCGGAGGAGGAAGACCAUUGUGAAAAGUAAUACAAAGUUCUUCCUAGAACUUCCCUAGUGGGAAAGUCUGCCAAGUACCCGGCACAAUAAAAACAGCAAACCAGCUAAUGGAUUAAAAAAUUCAACCAUGUUGCAUCCUCAUGAAAUUUCAAACUCAUCAGAAUAAAGAGAAGAUAUGGAAAGUUUCUAGAGUGUGAACAGAGGUCUCCUGGAGAUGGGCACUGUUCAGCAUGGCAUCAGACCUGUUGCCGGCAGUUGAGGGAGCCACGUUCCCAGUGACAGGAUUUCUCACCUUAUAUCCUCUUACCAGGGCCACCAUCUUCCAAGUUAUGCCACAGGUUGCGAGGGCAGAAUAAGGACAUUUCCAGACACCAGAGGACUCUUAAGUUCCCAUGCAGUUCUUCUUAAGAAGCUCCAAGCUUGAGCCACCCAGCAUGGAGUGGGGUGCCAUCCAGUCAAGAAGACACUGGAUUUUGAAAGCUUAGUAUAAAAAUAGAACAUAAAGUGUCAUGAAUCGUGUGUGCUGGUACAUGUUGAAGGAAUCCUCUUCCCGACAAAUUGGGUCAA